CGCCGGGGCGGGCCGGCGCCAUGGCAACGGGCGCCGAAUCACGUGGGCUCUACACUUCCGCUUCCGGUUACCUUCUCACCCCAAGAUGGCGGCGCCCGUGGGACCGGUGAAGUUUUGGAAGCCGGGCACAGAAGGUCCUGGCGUCAGCGUCUCGGAGGAGAGGCAGAGCCCUGCAGAGAGCAGUGGUGUAACAGUCAUCUAUAAUCCUUAUGCUUCUCUGUCUAUUGAACAACAAAGACAAAAGCUGCCCGUUUUUAAGCUAAGAAAUCACAUACUUUAUCUAGUGGAGAGCUAUCAGACUCUGGUGAUUGUUGGAGAAACAGGAUGUGGGAAGUCAACGCAAAUUCCACAGUACCUAGCAGAAGCUGGCUGGACAGCUGAAGGAAGAGUGGUUGGGGUGACACAGCCUCGUCGAGUUGCUGCUGUUUCAUUUCCCCUGGUAAGAGGGUGGGGGAAAAGAAGAAACCAAUUUUAUCAUCUUUGCAUUUAAUUGAUAUGCCUAGGAGCACAUAUUGUAAGUUAGGUGUACUAGGAGAGGGAGGAGGGAUGCUGAGGACAACAACUUGCACUCUGUGUUAAUAAUAUGCACAGAAAGCAGCCAGUGCUGUUUGUUUCCAUAAUUGUCAUCAAGCACUGAAGAGGUGGGCUGAAGCUUUUCUGCUGCCAGUUCCUCUUCUUACAGUAAAUUGAGGUGCCUUUUUGUAAUCCUCAUUUUGCCUGUUUCGGUUUGUUUUUUAAAUUAAUGAUGUUUAACUGUACCUGCAGUGUGUCAGUGCACGCUUCUGGUAAAAGUGUUGUAGAUUGAGCAGUUGUCCACUUUAAAGGUUCACCUCACCCAGUGUUCUUUUACUACAUCCACUGUCAUUAAAGAAACAGCCUGUAGCAGUGAUCUGCAGCAUGUGCUUUGGGCAGUUUGCCUGCAGUGUCCUUCCUUCUUCCCUUCAAAGAACAUUCAGUUGACAUUGAGCAGUUCUACAGGAGAUGCUGCAUAUGCUGCAAUGAUUUCUCUCUCACAACAGAUGUGUUUCUCUUUUCCCUUGAUGUCUUAACAUACUGCUUUUAAGUCUAAAAUAGGAUUACUCAGCUAGGUCUUAGUGUAUGGUCACAGGAGGAUUUUUCUUUGAGAAUGAAACUGCCUGCAUCACAUAACUAUUGCUGGGAGGUGAGAGACGAUUUACUGCUUUGUCUUGAGCUGAAAUAGACUUUUUAAUUUUAAUUAAUGUCUUACCUACUUUCUCAGGUAUAAUGUGGAGGUUGUCCCAAGUGAAGAGCAAUAGUUGGCCAAGGUUGCUUAGUUAAGAAAUACCUGAAGUUCUGCUUGCAUUACCCAGGCUGACAGUUACUCUGAACGUUUGCCUGAAAGUGAUAAAUGUCCGUAUGGUUUAGGCUGUCAUUUGAAUGACUGGAAAAGCUUACUGCUGUUAUUCUAAUAGAACUAAUGUGUGUGUUCUGGGGUUUUAUUCUGACUGUAGCUUUUUAAUUGUGUUGUAGUUUGCUGAAACCAUAGCCUGCCAGUACCUAAUAUUCUGUAGAGUAGUAAAUCAGGAUUUCAGCUAUUAGCUUAAGACUGGUCCAGGGCAUUUGUCUUCCAAAAAUUGUUCUGCUUUGAAUUAUUUGCCAGUUUUCUGUUUUCUACAUUGAAAUUUCUGUGUUAUGAGAAGGAGACUAGCAUCAUUAGAUAACAAGAAAAAAAGUCAAAGUCUGAGUAAAUUCAGGGGCAUACCAGCUUAACAAAUAACUUCUUCUGCAUGCUACGUGUGUGUACUCCUCCUUAUUGCAUGCCAGCUGUGUUCUGAAACUGUACUUUCUCAGUUACUGACGUGUGCUCUUUCCCCAGCUUUGUGACUGGUUGAAGGACAACCUUUGUAGGUCUGACAGAACUCAUCUCUAGGAGCAGGGCUCUUAAUUGUAAAACUUAGCAGUGUUGUAACAGUAGUGCUUUCUGUAUCUGUGUUUGAGUAAAGGCUAUCCUAGUGGAAUGGUCUGAAGUACAAAGCAGGAGGCGCUUUGGCUAAUUCACUAGAUCUUCGUUUUGCUGAACAGCCGUGGACGCUGUGAGUUGUGUUGAUUGGCAUGUCAAGCACUUGGCUUAUGAGAGAAAGAUAUAGGGGUUUUACACUAUAACCAGUGACUCUAGGUUCAAUAAUACUCUAAAUGCAGAUUCAAGGUCAGAUCAGGGUCACACUUGCAUCAGCAGUAGCCUAAGGUUGUGGUGGUUCAUGAAGGCUAUGCAAAGAUGUGGGGAGUGCAGUGCUGGCCUGCUGUAGGUGGAGCUGCAUGUGGGAAUGACCUCCCUACUUGCAGAAUCUUCCUUGCUUUCUACGUCGAAAGACUUGACUUAACUGCAAAAAGAAACGUCUCUCAGAAUAGCAUCUCUGUUUUACUAAGCUCAACCGAGGAAGUCCCAGCAACGAAAUGUCAGAUAAGGGCUCAAGCACUAUUGCUGGGAUCUGUGUGACUUCAGGCCUGGAUCUGUGCUUGGCAUACCCAGUGAUGUGAUUUUAGCUCAGUGUCACUUCUGUGGUGCUCUGGAAUCCUACAACCCUCUGUUCAGCCAAGAAAGGACUCCAACUGGAGUCCAGUUGGCGGGAUGCUGUAGCAGGUGUGGUUGGGCACCAGAGACUGAGGAACUCCCGGUAGGGAAGGAGCAGAGCAUGGCAGGGCAGUGGCAAUAAGGAAUCGGUGCAGUCCAUGGCAGAGGCACUGAAUUCUCUGGUGCACUCAGCAAGGUCUUAUUUCAUGGGGUUGCAGAUGAAAGCACUUAUGAUCUCCCAGCUGGCUUUACAAGUUUUGUUCGGUGUGCUUUUGGUUUAAUCUUGGACCUCUGGUCACCCAAAUCUUGCACACUGAAAUACAGCUGGCAGUAUCCUGAAAUAAGAAUAACUUAACUGAGAAAGCAACAGUACUGGUCUGUGGUGAGCCGUGGAUUAACUGUUGUGCAUCUGCUGGAAGGUGUCCUCCCUGUGUCUGGGUAUUUCUGUGCCUUAUAUUUGCUAAAAUUACUCUGUUGUUGGUCUCUGGAGUGCUUGCAGUGCUGUGCGGUGCUGUUUGCUAUUGCAAGGGAAAGCAGUUCAGAGCCUGACAUUGAAGCUUUUGUUUGUUUCUCCCACGAUCACUGUUUCCCUUCAUAAUCCCCAGAAUGAAAAUGAUCAGGAUAAUUUAACAAAUCUUUUUGACCUCUUUUGGUAUAGCAGCUCUCCCGAGGCAGAAUCCAACACGUGCUCAGAGUGCCGUUAAUAUCUGGAGUUUUGUUUUCUUUGUGGCCGUACAACAGAGCCGGUUGUUCUUUGGCUGUGUUCAUCCUGCCCAAGCAGGCACUGGGCUGCAGGCCCCCCUCAUCAUCCGGGUACCGCGGGGCUCUUCAGGCAACGUCUGACCCAGAACAUCGUGCUGCAUUCCAGCUGUGGUAGAGGAGACAACGCUCGAGGAGCGUGUUCUGACCUCACCAACACACUGACCUCCACCGGGAGACAGAUACGGGUUUUACAGCACUGCAAAAGCAGCCUUGGCACUGCAGCACAGGGCGCCUUCUGCAGUAACCCUCACCCCAUCCUGCAGAGCGUACAGACCCAGCCGACCAGGUGUAUUUUAUGUGAGAGAAAGAAUGUGAGGACUGCGUGUUGUAUUAGCAGCUUUGUGUAUAAAAUGGCAUUUUGGCAAUCAGAGUCUAAUAUAUUUAAAACUUUUUUUUUUUUU